GCGCAGUGCAGAAGGAAGAUGGACGCGAUGCGAGUCUGAGAAGCAAAUCCUGCCCGAAAGUCCCAAACCAUGAAUAUCGUGGGCCAGCUGGCAGAGACCGUGUUCGUGACGGUGAAGGAGCUGUACCGCGGCCUCAACCCGGCCACCCUCACCGGGGGCAUCGACGUGAUCGUGGUGCGGCAGCCCGACGGCUCCUUCCAGUGCUCCCCCUUCCACGUCCGCUUUGGGAAGCUGGGCGUGCUGCGCUCCAAGGAGAAAAUCGUGGACAUUGAGAUAAAUGGAGAAGCGGUGGAUCUGCACAUGAAGCUUGGAGAUAAUGGAGAAGCUUUUUUUGUCGAGGAAAACCCAAAUAUGGAGGUCCCAGCCUAUUUAUGCACCUCCCCGAUUCCGCUCGAGCUCCCCGAAGAGGCGGAGGAGGCCGCCGAAGGGACGCCCGCCAUCGGGUCUGGUGCUCGCAAAAAGAAACGGCGGCGCAAGCGCGUGCGCUCGGAGAACCACCUGAGAGAGGAGGUCAGCACCUCGUCCGAGGAGAGAGAAGCGGAUCCACGGGACAGUCCUGCGUCCGAGGAGAUGUCCACGCCGCUGCCGCUCAGUAAAUCCAUUUACUACUCGCUGUCUGAGGAGCCCGGUGAGGAGCUGGGAGCUGCUCAGACCAGAGAGGCGGGCCAACAUCCAGAGCUGUCACCUUCAGGCAGCGUUUUCUGCAGUCAACCAGCAUCUCCGAGGAGCGACUCUGAUCGUCUAGAAAGCCAGGAUUCAUCCGGGCUUCAGAUGCAGUGGAACUGGGGAAGCUUCCCCACGCUUUGUCAGCCUGAAAAGACCUCAGCAGAGCUCUCCUGCUCUCAUUUCCGCACCAUCGAGAGACAAGACUCCUUCGACCUGGACUGUGAGCCUGCGAUCUGCCGCGGGACGGCCGCCAGUGUGACCGUGGUUAAACCGCAGCCCAGGAUGAGCACCGCCGCUGCAGAAGGCCGCUCCGUGCCAGCUGCAGCCUCGCCCCCUCAGAGGAACCCUCACGUUGGCCACUCUAUCUCAAAUGAGCUCUUCGUGUCCUGCAGCACGUCAGCCGAUACAGAUAAUAUACUUCAAGUCACACAAAACGCGGAGCAACAACAGGAAGACAGGGAGCCAGCCAGCAAUAUUACUGGUUACUGCAGCACAGGAAGCACUGAGACUGCUGAGUGUGGAAGGGAUGUGCACCAUGAGACCAACGCAACCGAUGCAAAAGACCAUCUCACUCAAGAGAGCGGUGGCUGCGUGGUCCAGGAAAGGUCAGACCCUCAGGAGGAGGUUCUCCUGUCCGAGCAGAGCCAUGGAGGUGCUGUGGAGCAGGGAGGAGGAAUCGAUCCCUGUGCUGAAGGAGGAAGGGAAGCCAGUUUACCCAGAGCGUUGGACGAAUCGCUUACUGACAGACGUGCCCCCAAAACGGACUCGAAAGACGGCGGGGUCAGCUUUACGCCUGAGAGGAACACCCUCCCCUCUGAAGCGUGCUACAGAGAGGAGCAGCAGGACAGGAGGAAAGCUAAGAGGAAUCAUCAUCUGGGACCAACAGACAUUUACCUGGACGAUCUGACCUCACUUGACCCUGAGGUGGCUGCACGGUAUUUCCCCAAAAGCGACACAGAGGCGGCGUGUCUACAGGGGGCGGAGCCCAGCUCCUGCUCCGGCAGCCACACGCCGCAGUCGGUGGGCAGUGGAGCGAUGGACAGCGGAACCGAGUACCUGUCCGAUUCCGCCUGCUACAGCACGGACGUCAGCAUGUCUCUCUGCGGACGAGUGGGCGACACCAGCCAGAUUACCACAGAGAAGUUCAAGGAACACCUGGUGACGUACCAGGACUUCGCCAGUAAUCCAGGCAUUAUAGAAGAUCCCAGUCUAGUUAUCUGUGUAAACUCCAAUUAUUACAACUGGGCCGUGGCGGCACCAAUGAUCCUCUCCAUGACCGCCUUCCAGAAGAACCUGCCAAAGAGUGCCAUUGAGCGGCUGGUGAAGGAUAAGAUGCCAAAGAAGUCCGGACGUUGGUGGCUGUCGUGGAGGCGCAGAGACAUGGCCGACAGUCAGCAGGAACAGUCCAAGGAGGAGCAGGAGGAGCCGUUGGCGGGAGCCGCCUCCCCGGUUAGAGCCACGCUGGACGACAUUGACAGCGAUGAAGCGGCAGGACUCGGCCGGAAGGCCACCCUUCCGUCCAGCCUCUCCUCAGACACCCUCGCCGCCGCGCAGUCGGUCAGCCAAGUGUAUCGCAAAUCCCUUCGCCUGACCUCCCAGCAGAUAGAGCGUCUGAACCUGCGCCAAGGAGCCAAUAAAGUGGUGUUCAGCGUGACCACCCAAUACCAGGGCACCUGUCGCUGCGAGGCCGCCAUCUACCUGUGGAAGUGGGACGAUCGCGUCGUUAUAUCAGACAUUGAUGGCACCAUCACCAAGUCCGACGCUUUGGGUCAUAUUCUACCCCAGUUUGGAAAAGACUGGACCCAUAAAGGGAUCGCCAAACUCUACCACAAAAUACACCAAAACGGCUACAAGUUCUUGUACUGCUCGGCGAGGGCGAUUGGCAUGGCGGCCAUCACCAAGGACUACCUGCAGUGGGUCAACGACAAAGGAACCGUCCUCCCCAAAGGGCCCGUUCUGCUGGCCCCCAGCAGCCUCUUCUCAGCCCUACACAGGGAGGUGAUUGAGAAAAAACCCGAGGUGUUUAAGGUUGCCUGCCUAAACGACAUCAGAGACCUUUUCAACCCCGGCAGACGGCCGUUCUAUGCGGCCUUUGGCAACAGAACUAACGAUGCUUAUGCUUACAAGAAGGUAGGAGUGCCUGAAACCCGGAUAUUUACCGUCAACCCCAAAGGAGAGCUGACCCAGGAGAUGACUAAAGGCAACAAGUCCUCGUACACUCACCUGAGCGAGUUGGUGGAGCAUUUCUUCCCCACGCUGUCUGCCUGCAGCAGCACCUCCUCUGUUCUGGACUGUCCCGAGUUCAGCAGCUUCUCCUACUGGAAGGAGCCGCUGCCAGAACUGGAGCUGGACGCGCUGCUCUGAGCUCAGUCAAAACGUUUAAGUUCUCCAAUAUUUCCCAGCAUGCCUUUGGGGCACGGUUCGUGCCCUGGUCACGAGCCACCAAACGAAGCGGAAAACCGAGUGCUGAGUCGCAGAGAAAUCCAAAGUCAUGAACUUGCUUAUGGAAAAGUACAAUAUUUUAGAAAUGUUGCCAGCUUUAUGAAAAAGAUUUUAUGUCUUCUGAGAACCGUUUCAGAACCGAGGAAAACAAAGACGGAGCGAGGCUUUGUAGGGAUGUUGCGGUGUCUUAUCAAAAAACACCUUUUUCUGCUGACGUAAAUGAUUUUAAACCGUUUGAGAUACUACUUUGAUCAUUGCUGGUUAUGAAAGGUUUGAUGGGUGAUUGUUGUCAAACUGCGUUUCACUCAGUGAAUGAAAAUAAGAAGUUACUAAAAUAAUGUCUUUUUAGCUGGAUUUUUAUCAUUUCAGAGCUUUAGAAAACCUUUUCUGUUUUUCUUAACUAGAAAGGAAAUUCCCAUUUACUUGACUGAGUGUGUGAUCUUACCUCUGAGUUUGUUUAUAUGGUUCAAAUGUUUUUUUAUAAAUCUAUAUGUGAGUUUUUCAAUCAAUCGAAAGCACAUAAAUAUAAAUUAUUUGUAACAUUCUUGUGGCUUUUGCCCUUUUUCUUUUUCAGUAAAAACAAGUCCGUGUUGGUUUAGACCAGGGGUCUGCAACCCUGAGGCUCCGGAGCCACACGUAGCACUUUGAAACCCUCCGAUGCGGCUCUUUGGCUUUAAAAACUGUUUGUUUUGGUUAAUAACGUUUUAGGAUUUAUGUUUACAUCGUCAGAUAACUUUAGACCUCAUCUUUUGCUGCACAACAGUUGCCGUUCAGAGGCAAAGUUCUUAAAAAAACAAACAAAAAAAGCUUUUAUCUUCUGCUUUUAAAGUCAAGAAGUUAAUUGUUGCUUAUUGAAAAAUAAAGUUUAUAAA